AUGGAUGGUCCUCUAAUUUUAAAUGAAAUUAUACCGUGGCUGAAGAGGAAGAAGAGGGCCAGGAUGUUUUUUAAGGUAGACAUCGAAAAAGCAUAUGAUUCACUAAAGUGGAAAUUUCUAGACUCGGUUAUGGAGCAAAUGAAGUUUCCGAUUAGGUGGCGAAAAUGGAUCAUGGCUACGGUGACGUGUGCACGGGCUUCGGUGUUGGUAAAUGGCUCCCCGACUCAAGAGUUCCCGUGCUUUAGGGGACUUAGACAAGAGGAUCCGUUGUCUCCGUUCCUGUUUAUCAUCACAAUGGAAGCUUUGUCGUGUGUUGUCAAACGGGCGUGCGAUAUUGGACUAUUUGACGGUAUUAGAUGUAAAGCCGAUGGGCCGAUUCUAUCUCACUUUAUGUACGCAGACGACGUUGUAAAACAACUAGAGCGUCUUCGUAAGGAUUUUUUAUGGGGGUCGGAUCCGGAGCAUGGGAAGAUGUCGUGGGUUGCGUGGCAGAAGAUUAUGGCUCCAAUAGACGUGGGAGGAGUGGGUAUUGGGUCGUUGAAAGAAGCUAAUAUCGCCUUACUAGCCAAGUGGUGGUGGAGGUUUAAGGUUGACGGCCCGUGCCUAUGGAGAAGCGUAAUUUGGAACUUAUAUAGUAGCUCAAGGCAGUGGUGUGAUAUUCCGGUUAGACUUUCGGCUCCGGGCAUUUGGAAACAAGUGACUGGAAUUUCGAAGGAUUUGUGGGAUAUGGAGGUGGACCUACCAGGUUUGUUCAAAGGGAUUCUGGGCUCUGGUACGAAUAUACAUUUUUGGAAGGACCGGUGGGCGUUGGAAAAACCCUUGCAGCUUGUUUUUCCUAAUUUGUUCAGGUUAGAAAGAGUUAAAAACUCUUUAGUGGCCAAUCGAGUGCGCGUGGAGGGAGGGAUAAUGGUUCUUAGCUUCGAGUGGGUUAGGGAACCGGGGUCUUCGGAGGAGUUGCUGGAACUCGAGGGAUUGUUAUUGAUUAUGGGUGACGUGAAUCUUGGGUCCGGUAUGGAUAAAUGGGAAUGGAAAGCGGAUCAAUCAGGGGUAUACUCAGUUCGGAGUCUGAGGACUGAAAUGCAGAACACAAUCUAUCCGGUGCAGGAAGGUGGUUUUAUUUGGCAUACAUGGGCUUCUUUAAAGAAUGAAGAGACUACGGACCAUUUGUUCUUGUCGUGCGGUCUUGCUCAGGCGGUUUGGGACUCGGUGUCAAGAUGGUGUAGAAUUUCGCCAGUCUAUGCUUUUGAGUCCAAGGAUUUGGUAAGAAUGCACCAUCAUUUGAGUGGCUCUUUUAAGUGGAAAAAGGUAAUCUUUACCAUCGUUCAAACGACUGUUUGGUGUAUGUGGAGGUGUCGGAAUGAGGUGGUUUUUAAUCAGAAGCAAGCUAACGUCGCAAGGUUGGUUGAGGAAAUUAGAGCUCUCGGAUUUUUGUGGGUGAGGAGCCGUGCGAAACUGCAGGAAAUGUCAUGGGAGAUGUGGUGCAGCUUUAAUCUUCCUGUAUGA